UACCAAUUUAGAGGUGAAGACGCUUGUGUGUUGGAAGUUUUUGCCAGCAACAGUGAAACGGGAUCAAUUUCUCUUGUCUGUUGGUUUGCUGAAUAUAUUUUUUGGUUGAACGGAAGAAACAGGCGAGCAGAUAAUUGGUCAGGUCUGCCAACUCAUCCUCUUUAAUAAAACACCAUCUUUCAGCACCGCUGGUCUGGUCUGUAGGGAGGGGUGAAGGGUUCUGUGCUGCUCAGCCGUCAGGUUUUGACUGUAUAAAGUGUUAAAUAUUUAUGGCGAAGAAAUACCCUCAUGCUGUGUAAACAGACAAUUUGCUUACAGACUUACCAUCAUCUAACUUUCCAUAGGAACGUUCAUUGUAUAUUCGGUGCUUUGGGGCAUUUAUACUUUUGACAUCAAUAAAAAGUUUCCCUCUACGGUCGGUUCCCACAAACGUGCCUCGAAUAGCAAUUUUCCGGGUAGUCCCUGAAGGCAUCCGAAGAGGAAGAAGGAACCCUGGCAACGCUGUCACAAAGCUAGCGUUAUCCAUGUACUGCUAAGCCCUCUGAAUGCAUCAGCUUUGUCAACAUGCACUUAAGUGUUUGCACAGGCUGUCUACCAUUUGAUCGUUCCUUUGUAGCUUCAUCGAGAGCGUGUUAACUAAUUCACAAUGGAAAUCUUUAACGAGCCAAGCUAGCAAGCUUUUUUCUUCGUCGUAGCUACAAUCAUUUGACCAGCUAACCAGAACGAGUUGUUAGCUUAAGCUUGUGAAUAUGGCGAUUGUGUCUGGCUCCUGUGCUAGGGUAAACGGGUCUAGAAAUGGACCGUCGGUGUCAGCUACACCUUCUGGAUCCGUUGGACAAUCUCAGCCCAUGAUCGCGGUAUGGGAAUGGCAGGAUGACCUGGGGUACUGGCGGCCUUACAGCGGCCAAGUGAGCGCUUACAUCGAGCGAUGUCUGGCUCCGCGGGGCCAGAGAGGAGGAGGACCCGGCUCGACAAGCAUCUGCCUCGGACAAUCAGACCCCAGCCUCUCGCCUUAUCUCAUUGACAUACCAAGCUUGAAACAGUUUCGGCAGGACACAGGGAAGACACGGUCGGUGCGUCGGUCCUUGUUUGCCCAGUCCUCAGGCCUCGGCAGUGGUGUUUUCUGGGAAUGGGCCAACGAUGAAGGAGGAUGGACUCCAUAUGAGACUCGAACCUCCAUCCUUUUGGAGCACAGCUACCAGGCCCGACAAGGCACGGCAGACUUGGGCCCGCAUGGAUACAAUUACAUAGUGGAUCUCACGUCUUUGGCCCAAGUUAACAAAUCCACGGGCUUCAGACGGCAGGUGCGACGACAGUGUAACCUCCCCUACCCCCUGGCCUCCUCUGGCCCCCCAGCCAUCCCCUCGGGCCCCGCCUGCUCCUGCCAGCAAUGCUUGAGUCACAGCAGCACAGGACCCAUGCCCAGCCGGUCACGACAUUCCUUUUCAUCAGGCAGUCUGAACCGGCCCAGCCUCCAAGGGCCUGGAAGGGCUGUAGCAGCUCACCCCACCUCUGUCUACUCGCCAUACCCUAGGAGACCCCUGUCUGUGGGGGGAAUGUCCUGGGGCAGCCCAUGGCCUCCACCACCUUCUGGUAGUCAGCUGUCUGCACCGCUUCUGACCAGUUCUACCAGUGCCAAUGGGUUAAGUGUUCCUUCCAUCUCUGUGCAGCUGAAUGGAUCCACCAGUGUCAGCUCUGCCCUGGCAGGCAUGGCCUCCAUUUUGAUGUCAGCAGUGGGACUCGGCGUGCACUUCACCACUGCCCCCCUCCCUCAGCAGCAGCAGCAGCAGCAGCAGCAGCACCAACAGCAGCAGCAGCUACAGCUACAGCAACAACAACCUGCUCCUUUCUCUCUUCCUCCUCCUCUCCUCCCCCCAGCCAGCAGGCCCAGCAAGCCCAGCAGCAGCAGCAGUUCAGUUAGGAGAGCAAAGAGACAGCACAGGAGAGCCUCCGCUCAGAGACCUGAGGAGGUGAUUCAGCGCUACAUGGAGGUUGUGGCCAGCGUACCAGAUGAGGACUGCAUUAUCUGCAUGGAUCAACUGUCCAAUCCAUCCGGCUACGAGACUCCAUCCACAGAGGAGGGAGGCCAGAGCAUCCUGCCAGACAUGGUGGGGAAAUUCAUCAAGUGUGGACACACCCUGCAUAUGCUCUGCAUGCUGGCCAUGUACAACAAUGGAACAAAGGACGGCAGUCUGCAGUGCCCCUCGUGUAAGACAAUCUAUGGAGAGAAGACCGGCACUCAGCCCAAAGGCAAGAUGGAAAUUUACAGCGUCGCCCAGUCGCUGCCGGGCCACCCGGACUGUGGCACUAUUCAGAUCAUCUACAGUAUAUCACCUGGCAUACAGGGCCCCGAACAUCCCAACCCAGGACAGCCAUACACCUGCAGAGGCUUCCCUCGCUUCUGCUUUCUACCAGACAACGACAAGGGCAGGAAGGUGCUGGAGCUGCUCAAGGUGGCGUGGAUGCGACGUCUCAUCUUCACCGUGGGAACUUCCAGCACCACCGGCGAGCCCGACACGGUCGUGUGGAACGGCAUCCACCACAAAACAGAAAUGAUGUCCAACUUGUCAGGCCAUGGCUACCCCGACCCCAACUAUUUGGACAAUGUUCUGUCUGAGCUGGCCUCUCAGGGCGUGACAGAGGACUGCCUCAAACCUCCAGGGGCCGGCGGCAGCAGCAGCAGCAGCUAAGCCACAGCGCCAAGCCUCACGCACACACUUCCUGUUACUGCUGACCACUGAGUUAACCCAUUAAAAUCCACCUCUGUGACCAGGUGGACCCUCCUGCAACCUCUGUUUGUUAUUUGAUUAAUGUCAGUAUCUGUCUGAAUCUCAUGGAGUGAGCAAAGGGGGUAGGAGAAAGCUGAAUAGAGGUCUUGAAGCUUCUCUGGAAGAAUGCAGAAAGCGGAGUGCUUGCCGAGAAGCUCCAUUAGGCUACAUUCCCACGUUUUUCCAGGAGACAGAACUCGGAGAGAAAAAUGUGGCUCCUCUUACUCUGAGCCUCUUUUAUCAAACCUCCACAAGAUGGAGAUUGUGCUCUUGUUUUUUGUUUUGUUUUGGGUUUUUUUGUUUAUUUUCCAUCAAGAGCCUCAUCAGUAUCCCCGUGUCCAGCUACCGUGAGAAAGGCAGCUUAUGUUGGGGAUAAAAAUCUCAUUAAGCACUUUAGUUCUCACAGUGCAUUUAGCUGGCAACAUGUGUGAUUUCCUAAUGGCAGUUAACUUCAAAUUUGGAGGUUAUGCAAUUAAAGUGUUUCUGCUGAAAACCUUUGUGUUUAGCACAAAGACACACUGAAACUUCUCGUAGCAAAGUGAGUGUAUUAGCCUAUCUGAUGAGAACAGGCAAUAUUUACAUGGUGCAGUUUGUAAGAUAUGGCCAGAAUUUUAGUUUAAAACAUCACUAAAUGAACUAACAUCAACAGGAUGUGAAAAGACAACAGUGUUAUGUCAAAGACGUCUAUGUGUUGUGUUGCAGAGACAUUACUGUAAUUAGCAUGCUAACCAGCUAGCGCCUUCCCGCCAUGUCUUAUAAUACCACUUUAUCUCUAUGGCCUCUAGCGGUACGAAGCAGAGAGAGAAACAGACAAUUACGAGCAGAAAGUUUCACAAACUCUUUUAGCGUUUGUAAAAAAGUAAACAAGACAAACUGACCAAAUGUCAAGAAUGAGAAUAUUCUGAGAAACUUUCUUUAAUGAGCUGAAAGUACAACUAUACACCUUCUGAAUUCAUUUUUCUCUCUGUUGCCGAACUAAAAUUAGCUUAAUUGCCUCGUUAACUCAUCGUAAAACGCGCUUCAUUCGAAGGAGACAAAUGAAAUAAAACUCACCGACUUGGUUUGGUCCAAUUAUAUCUUCAGUUCACAGAGCAAGUUAAAAUAUUCUGGCUUUAAACGCCGUUUCCACCCGCAGCUGAUGUAGUCCUCUCCUGUUUCCACCUGUCAGGUGUUCUCGUCUUAGUCCUCGUCACCUCCGCACUGUAUCCCCUGUCGUCGGACUGGCCUCUCAGGCUGGCAGCUGAACUUAAGCUUGUCCAGGUACAGUUGAGCCACAGCUCCACAGCUAGCUAAGCUAAUGGUAGCUAUAGCUACGGCCAGGUGAGCAGCAGUUGACAUUUACCCUGGUGAUGUGCUGCCCCCUAUGUGUUUGGAGCCACCUUUGAAUUCUGGCUAUAUUUUACAAGUUGCCACCUAAGCUGAUGUAAAUAAAUAAUAAAAAAAAAAAGAAGAAAAGAAAAGAAAAAAAAAAGUAUUGUAAUGAAAAAAAAUCGAUUGUGUCCACAAAUGUCAGGAGAAUAAAGUUGUGUAUUUUUUAACAUUUAGCACUAAUUCUAAUUUGAUCACCUAUUCAAUAAAACAGGCGUCUAAUGCACUCACCUUUAUUUUCUUUUCAGUGUUUUGACUUUGCAGUAACAAGCCCACGGGUUUUCUGCCGUUUUUGUCACUUAAUGUGUUUGUGUUGCCAUGUGUGUUAGAAGGGACGAGAUCACAUCAUAUAUAGCUUGACGACCUCAAUCCUCUUGUCCAAACAGAUGGGAAAGCUCGCUGGGAUUUAAAAAGAAACCCCUCUGGUUAAGAACAUUUUACAGUGUGACAAUCAAGGUCAUCGAACUCGUCUUGAUUAAACAAGACACGUUGAAGCUGCUGCGAGCAUGUAAAUGUUCCUGUUGGCUGCGAACUCACCUCCUGUAUUCACAUGCAUUAUUAUGCUCACAGUACUGCAGUACAGUUGCUGAACUGAGUCUUGACAUGUAUACAAGCAAAACUGACAAAAAAAAGCCUGCAAUAAAGAAAUAAGGCAAAGUAAA